AUGGUUUUAUUUCCCUCGUCUCGUGCAAGGAGCGCGGUCCAGGCUCUACAGAACUAUUGUGAAGGUGUACCGAAUUCGUUCGAGCGUGUGGUGCGCGCUAACAUCGAUGACUGCCAGGCGCUCGGACAGAAACCGAUCACUUUCAUCAGACAGGUGCGUGCGUUGGCGGCGUGCCCCGAGCUGAUGUCGUCGCCAGGCAUUCCUAGCGACGUGAAAGAUCGUGUCGAGGAAAUCCUCGCAGAUUGCACG